AUGACACUUUCCUUGGGCUAUCCUAAACAACAAGGCAACAUGGCUUGUAGAUUACAUAAAUCUCUUUAUGGGCUUAGACAAGCCUCAAGACAAUGGUUCUGCAAAUUUUCUACUGCCUUGAAGCACUAUGUCUUUCAUCAAUCUACAAGUGAUUAUUCACUUUUUAGCAAUGGAUCAGCGAAUACAUUGGUCAUUCUACUAGUGUAUGUGGAUGACAUAAUUUUGGCUGGCCCUAAUACUGCGCUGCUUCAUGAGGUCCAGAGUCAUUUAGCCAACACUUUUAGGCUCAAAGUUCUUGGUGACAUGAAAUAUUUCUUGGGGCUGGAAAUUGCUAGGUCCUCCCAAGGAAUUAUGCUAACUCAAAGAAAGUAUACUUUACAGUUACUAGAGGACACUGGAUAUUUAGCUUGCAAGCCUCAACCACUACCAAUGGAUCCUGGACUGAAACUGAAUUCCUCAGAUGGUGAUUUGUUAUCUGAUGUCACUCUUUAUAGGCGGUUAAUUGGAAGGUUAAUGUACCUCACAAUUUCUCACCCUGACAUCACAUAUGAUGUGCAUAAAUUGAGUCAGUUUAUGUCUCAACCACGGUCUUCCCAUCUUCAUGUUGUUUACCAUCUCAUUCAAUACUUGAAAGGAAGCCCAGGCCAAGGUCUUAUGUUUAGUUCUUCUUCUAGCCUUCGCCUAUCAGCCUUUUCUGAUGCUGACUGGGGCGGGUGCUUAGAGACAAGGAGGUCAACAACUGACUAUAUGGUUUUCCUGGGUGAUUCGUUAAUUUCAUGGAAAUCAAAGAAACAAGCUACUGUGUCGCGUUCUUCAGCUGAGGCUGAAUACCGAGCCCUUGCGUCUCUUGCAUCUGAAUUACUAUGGCUUCGUCAGUUGCUUAAAGUUUUUGACAUUCAGGUUCCCUCAGUAAUGGUGUUCUCUGAUAACAUAUCUGCAAUAGCUUUGGCAACAAAUCCUACUUCACAUGAGCGGUCCAAACACGUAGAUAUUGAUGUCCAUUUCAUAAGAGAACAUGUCACAUCUGGUUUUCUUCUCCUUAAUCAUGUGCCAUCCGCCAAGCAGCUAGCAGAUUGUUUAACAAAACCAGUUGCUGGUCCACGAUUAAGAGAUCAUAUGGCCAAGUUGGGUGUUUUGAACAUCUAUCUCCCAACUUGA